CGCGAGCGCCUGCACCGACCCCGCCCGCGCGCACUCGGUGUCCCCGGCCCGACCCGGCCCGCGCGCACCGGCACCGACCCCGGCCGGCCCGACCCCGCGGAGCCCUGUCGCCGUCGCCGUCGCAGCAUGGCGCCCCUGCAGGGCGGCGCGCUCGGGCUGCUGCUGGCCCUGGCCGCGGCCACGCUGGCCGGCGCGCAGCAAGACUGUGUCUGUGAAAAUUAUAAGCUGACAACUAACUGCUCCCUUAACAUGAAUGGUCAAUGCCAGUGUACUUCCCUCGGCACGCAACAUACUGUGAUCUGCUCGAAAUUGGCUUCCAAAUGUUUGGUGAUGAAGGCUGAGAUGAGCAGCAGCAAGUCUGGGAGACGAGUGAAGCCUGAGGGCGCCAUUGAGAACAACGACGGGCUCUACGACCCUGAGUGCGAUGACAUGGGGCUCUUCAAGGCCAAGCAGUGCAACGGCACCACCACGUGCUGGUGUGUGAACAGCGCAGGUGUCCGCAGGACAGACAAGGCCACCGAAAUGACCUGCUCCGAGAGAGUGCGGACCUACUGGAUCAUCAUUGAACUCAGACAUAAAAAGAGAGAAAAGCCUUUUGAAGCUGAAAGUUUGAGAACAGCACUCACGCAAGUAAUGUCAUCUCGUUAUCAACUGGAUCCAAAAUAUAUCCAAAACAUUUUGUAUGAGAAUGAUGUUAUCACUAUUGAUCUCAUGCAAAACUCCACUCAAAAAAACCAGAAUGAUGUGGAUAUAGCUGAUGUGGCUUAUUACUUUGAAAAAGAUGUCAAAGAUGAAUCCUUGUUCCUUAACAAAAAAAUGGACCUGACAGUAGACGGGGAACUACUGGAUUUGGACGCUGGUCGAACUUUAAUUUAUUACGUUGAUGAAAAACCACCAGAGUUUUCAAUGCAGGGUCUGCAAGCUGGGAUCAUUGCUGUCAUUGUGGUUGUCACAUUAGCACUUAUCGCCGGAAUUGUUGUGCUGGUUAUAUCCAGAAGGAGCAGAAAGACAAAGUACCAGAAGGCUGAGAUAAAGGAGAUGGGUGAGAUGCGUCGGGAACUUUCGUGAGCUACUGUUUUCAAGAGUGCACAGAAGCAGACUGAGUAAAUAGAUUUGGAUUACAGAUAGAUGAUCUCUGGGACCAAGAGAAGAUCUUCAAAGACUUCUGCUUCGUUAGUUCAUAGCACGUUUGUAACAGUGACAUGUGUACACAGAUAUAAGCAGCUUGAAAUGGACUUUAUCAAUCUUAAAAUUUACAGGUGUCAUAGCUGUAGGCAGAUUAGAUCUGAUGUAAAACCCAGAACUUGACUGCGUAUUUUAAAUUAGCAUAAUUUUGAAGUGUGCAUUAACUACGCUUCCAUUCUCUGUAGACUUUGAAUAACGACUGCCUCAUCCAUUCAUGAUUGAAAGCUGCCUUUCAAUUUACUUUGAGUCUUGUACAUAUAAACCUUUUUUUAUGAACUAUGAAAUAAAACA